GCAAGAAGUGCUUGGAAAUGAAACCGGGCAGACUUUCUUUCCCUUCCUGUAGUCCAAGGCUUGAUGCUUCACUGUGGUACUUCAAAUUUCAGGCUGAUGGGUCUCUACUGAAAUCAAAUGAUGAUUUCCUGCCUCCUGCGGGCGUUGUGAGGGUAAAUUAUUUCAUGCACGGCGCUUGAGUGUCCCCCGGAUGCUGCUCAGGAAGCCCUACAGGUAGCGUUAGAUGCUGGAUAUCGGCACUUCGACUGUGCUUAUUUUUACCAGAACGAGGCCGCGAUCGGAGCAGCCUUUGAAAAGAUGCUGGGGGAAGGGAGGCUGAAGAGAGACGAACUUUAUGUGGUGAGCAAGCUAUGGAACAGCUUCCACGCCCCGCAGGAUGUGAAGCCGGCUUUCCUGAAAAGCCUGACGAUGCUGAAGCUGGAUUACCUGGAUCUCUAUCUCAUGCACUCUCCAAUGGGCUUUCUGAAUAUCAACGAGGAGCUCAUGCCUCAGAAGGACGGGUUGCUUCUGCAGUCGGAUGUGGACUACGUGGACACCUGGAGGGCGAUGGAGAAGCUGGUGGAUGAAGGCCUGGUGAAAUCGGUGGGGGUUUCCAACUUCAACAUCUCCCAGCUGGAGAGGCUGCUGUCCGUGUGCAGGAUCAAGCCUGCCGCCAACCAGGUGGAGCUGCAUCCCUACCUGACCCAGCCCGAGCUGGUGGAGUACUGCAGGUCCAAGGGGAUCGUCCUCAUCGCAUACAGUCCCUUCGGCUGCCCUGCUAUGCCCUGCCCUACGGGGAAGAACAGUCCGGUGCCCCUCCUGGAGAAUCCAACGGUGAAUGAGAUCGCUCAGAAGCACGGAAAAACCAGCGCUCAGGUUCUCAUCCGCUUCCACCUUCAGAGGGGCAUCGCCACCAUCCCGAAAAGCAUCACCCCGUCCCACAUCGUGGAGAACGCAGAGGUGUAUGACUUUCAGCUGACACACAAAGAAAUCCAGACGCUGGAAGGACUAAACUGCAACACGCGAUUUAUUAAAUGGAAACUGAUGGGGAUGGACACACACAAACACUUCCCAUUCGGUGACAAGUAACUAUCGUGGCCUAGAGAAAUGGCAAGUCAAUCGUGGAAGAUCCGGUUCCCAGUAAAUCAACUGCAUGUAUUGGCAAGCUUUUGAAAUGAUCCAUAUCAGGCUCUCAAAAUCCUUAUGAAAACUUACUAGGCAAGGUAAACUAAAAUCUACUUGCCUACCUGUACACCGGGGCUACACCUAAUUACGUUUUAUUUGUCUAUUUAAAAUUACAUGAGAAUGGAGGAGAAGAAUUUUACAUGGGUGAUUUUAAAUAUCUGCUUAGCAAAGGGUAAGGGGGGAUCUUGAUAAGCUAUUUGUUCUCUUGAGACAGUUUCUAGAUGUGGGGGUAAAGGAUUAGAUGCUUCUGUAAUGUUCUCUUGAUUUUUUUUCAAAAACACAAUAAAAACACAAUGACAGCAUUUAGCAUUCCCGGGGCUCUGGUUCAAGUCCAUGUGUUCAUUUUUCAGGGGACUUUCACCAAGCACUGAACAACUGGGAUUUUGUUAAACAGCAGACUGAACCAAAGCGCCUUUAACUUGAUGCAACCUGGGAUUUGCAGUCUCCUGUUCAAAAUCUUCAGCAAUUUAAAUGCUUCAGCUAUGUUCUGCCCCGCCGUGUUAGUUUACAGUGCGGGGGUAGAGUCGUACUAACUAGAAUAUUUCUAUCAAUUGGAGUCACAGACGUUUUUACUGUGGGCAGAAUGCACCCCGUACUGAAGACCAACCCGAUCACUUCAGUCCCGCUGAGGUUGUGCCUGUUCUGGCCCUUUACUCCUGAUGAAAUGGGAUUUAAGCGAGGCCUAGCCCAUGUGCUGGAUAGCCCUCGAUGCAUUGGUGAAUGUCUGUUGGAGACAAGAGUCACAGUUUUCACUGCAUGUUGCUUACCUUUUGAGGAGCACCCUUUCCCUUCAAGUGCUCGGCAAACAGGCUAGGUCACUGUAUGUAUGUGCAUAAAGUCAGCAUGUCCUGAUGGACUGCACAGUGCAGCAAGCUGACCUUGACAAUUCACUGGUAACAACAGUUUUGCAGUGGACUUCAGUGAAUGUAUGGUCAGGCCCAGUAUUAACUUUGAGAGACUUAAACCCUUUAAUAUACGUUAGAUUUAUGUGUAUUUGUGUUUUUUAAGAUGCACAAGUUCACAUGCCUCAGGGGUUACGAUACAUUAACCCCUGCUUAGUGUUGGCCGUUCACUUUGUUUGCCAGAUGAUGAUCAUUAUGUGUGUUGAAUGGCUGUAGCGUAAAUUUACACUCCUAGAAUAUACGUCCAAAGUGCGCUCGCUGUGUGUGUGGGGGGGAGGGGUUAGAAUAAAAACAAACUGGAAAGAUGUCAGAUGAAACUUUCCUAUGGACCUAGUUGAAAUAACUUGCUUAUA